ACAAAUCAGAGACUCACUGCAUCAUUUCCAGAGCGGCGGACCGGCGGAGACAUGUUUCGAACGGCGGCGAAGCGUCUGAUAGUCGGCGUGACCUCGGGCAGAAAUGGCAUUCCCCGUAUCAGAUUGCCAUCGCCUUCCACCUUCCUCGACCACUGUCCCUUCUCCACAGCUACCGAUUCACAAGAACUUCCUAAUUCUCAAAUCCCCAAUCAACACCAUAUUCGUCAAGAAACGCUUUCUUCUUCUGAUUCUGCAUCUUCUUCAUCUUCGACUUGGUCCUCAUCAACCUCGGGCGAAGAAAGCCGAAGCCAUGAGAAUCGGCGGCCGAGAGUUGAGUAUCAAGAGGAGCAGGCUCGUGUCCUCCAGGCCGCUCUUUCCCACGUGGUGAAGCUAGGAUGGACUGAGGCCGCAAUGGUAGCUGGUGCAAGGGAUAUUGGCAUGUCACCUUCCAUUGUUGGAUCAUUUUCCAGGAAGGAAGCCGAACUAGUUGAGUUUUUCAUGGAUGAUUGCUUACAGCGCCUUAUCGAUCUAAUUGAGACAGACGAAAGCCUUAAGAAUUUGAUACUUCGUGAACGUGUUUACAAACUUGUUAGGGCUCGCCUAGAAAUGCAAGCUCCCUUCAUAUCAAAAUGGCCUCAGGCUCUCAGUAUCCAGGCACAGCCAGCAAAUCUAGCAACUAGCUUUAAACAACGGGCAACGCUUGUUGAUGAGAUAUGGCAUGCUGCUGGCGGUGACACCUCUGACAUUGAUUGGUACGUCAAGCGCGCUAUUUUGGGAGGAAUAUACUCAACAACUGAGAUAUACAUGCUCACUGAUAGUUCUCCAGAUUUUCUGGAUACAUGGGCUUUCUUGGACAAUCGUUUGAAAGAUGCUUUUGAUAUAAAGAAAACCGUUCAAGAGGCAAAGUAUCUGGCAGAAGCUGUUGGUGCUGGAAUGGGGAACUCCUUUCAGGGAUUUGUUGGAAAACUUUUCCAGCGAUAGAUAUAUGACAACAACCUUUUAAGUUCGACUUUUUUAGUUCCUAGAGUGAGGAGUCGCUUGUUUUGUGUUCUUAGUCUUGCAUACUUUGCCCAUUCAUCUCAAUAUGGAGAUAUCCAGAGAGGUGAAUUUGAACUUAGAAUUCCAUGGAAUUGUGAGAAACAUAAAUGAGUCCUGGUAUUCUUUGUUUAAAGCAUAAGAACUUUGGUUUCACAGUGCUGUGUUCAGCAGUUAUCUUGAAAUUAGUAUUACCACUUUUAUUUAUGUUA